CACCGUUAAGGGAAAGCAGCUGGAAUUGUCCGAAUGCGGUUGAUUCGUCAGUUCGACUCUACGACUGCAGAAUGUGAGAAGUAGGCCAUUACGAACAAUUGAGAGGGUGUAGCAUAAUUGUUUCUAUAUAAGUUAGUGGAAGAGCAGGAAAAUGGUGCGGAGUGGAGAUAAAGAAAGGCAUCACAGAAGACGUUCGAGGUCCCGCUCCCGCUCGCGUUCGCCCUCUCCCGAGAAAAAACGCAAGCGAUCCCGUAGUAGAGAUCGCGAUCGCGAGCGUGAGAAGUCCACCCGCCACAGGGAUCGGCGCAGUCGUUCCCGCGAACGCGACCGUGAGCCCCGAAGAGAUCGCUCCGAACGCGAUCGCGACCGCGACCGAAAGCGCGGAGACAGUAAAGAGAAACGCGUUGAAUCGUCGAAAUCCUCUCGGGGAAAAGACCGAAAGCGAUCUCGAUCUCGCGACAAGAAGGACAAAGAGAAAGUCGAUAAUGAAGACUUGCCCUUCGACCACACGAAACUGGACAAAGAGGAAGAACAGAAGCGGCUUGAACUAGAAAUGCAGAAGCGACGCGAGAGGAUCGAGAGAUGGCGCGCGGAGCGCAAGAAGAAUGAGCUUGAGGCCACGAAGAAAGACGGUAAGUCCUCCAUCCUGGCUAACCUCCAGUUGCCCAUGAAGAAGUGGUCUUUGGAGGACGACAGCGACGAAGAGACUCCCCUCCCGGUGCACCUCAAAGACCCGAAGGAUGGAGAUGAACCGAAGGAAGAAGAAGAAAUUACUGCGGUCGUCAGGCCUGAAGAAGACGAGAUUGAUCCCCUUGACGCGUUCAUGGCUGAAGUUCAAGAGGAAGUCCGCAAGGUCAAUAAAUUCGAGAAAGGUAAGUCGAACACCAAUGGCUCCGCGGGAAACCCUCAAAGCGGUGGAGUUGUCUUCGUAACGGGCGUCGCGAAGAAGAAAGUCCAGAAGCAAAAGGGAGAACUGAUAGAGCAGAAUCAGGACGGUCUUGAAUACUCAAGUGAGGAGGAGGGGGAGAACCUUCAUGAGACCGCGGCCGGAAUCGCGAACAAACAAAAACGCGAACUCGCGAAGGUGGAUCACGCCACAACGGAAUACGCGCCGUUCCGAAAGUCUUUUUACGUAGAAGUUCCGGAGAUCGCGAGAAUGACGGGGGAGGAGGUUGAGGCUUACAAGGAGGAACUCGAGGGGAUCAGGGUCAAGGGGAAGGGUUGCCCGAAGCCGAUCAAAUCUUGGGCACAAUGCGGUGUGACGAAGAAGGAAUUGGAAGUCCUUAAGAAGCUAGGCUAUGAAAAACCGACGCCUAUUCAAUGUCAAGCGAUUCCCGCUAUAAUGUCUGGCAGAGAUCUGAUCGGAAUCGCGAAAACUGGAAGUGGGAAGACCCUCGCGUUUCUGUUGCCCAUGUUCAGACAUAUUCUGGACCAGCCGCCAUUGGCGGACGGUGACGGCCCUAUCGCGUUGAUAAUGACACCGACUCGCGAACUCUGUAUGCAGAUCGGAAGGGACUCCAAGAAGUUCACAAAGUCGUUGGGUCUCAGUCAUGUCUGUGUGUACGGAGGCACCGGCAUCUCCGAACAGAUCGCGGAGCUCAAACGCGGAGCUGAAAUAAUCGUCUGCACACCGGGCAGGAUGAUCGACAUGCUUGCAGCUAACUCCGGUAGAGUUACUAAUUUACGUAGAGUCACUUACGUAGUUCUUGACGAAGCUGAUCGAAUGUUUGAUAUGGGGUUUGAGCCGCAAGUUAUGCGGAUCAUGGAAAAUGUUCGACCAGAUCGACAGACUGUCCUGUUCUCUGCGACCUUUCCUCGGCAGAUGGAAGCACUAGCUCGGAGGAUACUCACGAGACCGGUUGAGGUCCAGGUCGGGGGGAGAUCGGUCGUCUGCAAGGACGUGGAGCAACACGUGGUUGUCUUGGAAGAAGACCAGAAGUUCUACAAGUUGUUGGAGAUCUUGGGGCACUAUCAGGAUAAGGGAUCGACAAUCAUCUUUGUGGACAAGCAGGAGAACGCGGAUACGUUGUUGAAGGAUUUGAUGAAGGCUUCGUACUCCUGCAUGUCUCUUCAUGGAGGCAUUGAUCAGUGCGACAGAGAUUCAACGAUGAUUGAUUUCAAAGCUGGGCGGACGAAGAUCCUUGUGGCUACUUCGGUGGCUGCGAGAGGGUUAGACGUCAAGCAGCUGGUGCUCGUCAUCAAUUACGAUUGUCCGAAUCAUUACGAGGAUUACGUUCAUCGAUGCGGCAGGACGGGAAGAGCUGGUAACAAGGGGUAUGCUUACACCUUCAUCACGACCGAGCAGGAGCGGUACGCGGGGGAAAUCGUGAGGGCUUAUGAGCUCGCUGGUGCUCCCGUUCCAGAACCUCUGAGGAUCCUUUGGGAUAGGUACAGGGCGAAACAAGCGGCGGAGGGGAAGAAGCUCCAUACAGGCGGAGGAUUCAGUGGAAAGGGCUUCAAGUUCGAUGAGUCUGAGGCAGCUCUUGCUAAUGAGAAGAAGAAGUUCCAGAAGGCUGCGUUGGGACUUCAGGAUUCUGAUGAUGAGGAUAUCGAGAAUGAUAUUGAUCAGCAGAUUGAGAGUAUGCUGGCACCUAAGAGAACAGUGAGGGAGAUUGCGAGACCUUCUACCACUAGUGUCACUGUUCCUGGACAACCGGUGAACAGUGCCACGGAUAAGUUGGAGUUGGCGAGGAGACUUGCGUCGAAGAUCAACAUCGCGAAGAAUCUGGGGGCCGAGGCCAAGGGGGCGACCCAGCAAGCGGCUGAGGCGAUACUCAAGGGGGCUGGACCUACGAAUCUUAUCACAGCGAAGACUGUUGCCGAACAACUGGCAGCCAAACUCAACACAAAAUUGAACUACCAACCGAGGGAGGAGGACUUGGUCGAGGGUGAGGGUGAGCCUGGCGAACAAACCUUCAGGAAAUACGAGGAAGAAUUGGAGAUCAAUGACUUCCCACAACAAGCCAGGUGGCGUGUCACUAGUAAAGAAGCACUAGCCCAAAUUUCCGAAUAUUCGGAAGCAGGUCUGACAGUCAGGGGAACCUACAUCGCCACUGGCAAAGCCCCACCUGAAGGUGAACGCAAACUUUACCUCGCCAUUGAGUCCACCAGCGAACUAGCCGUUAGCAAAGCCAAAGCCGAGGUGUCUAGGCUCAUCAAAGAGGAACUCAUCAAAUUACAGUCCUCUGGGGCGCACACUGGCUCUAGGGGUCGCUACAAAGUUUUGUAAAUUACUUUUUCAUGUGUUCAGUAAAGCUAUACGAUAAAAUGAUUUUUUUUUCUUUGGACUACAACAUAUGUUGAUUAAAAUCCUUAUAAAAUAUCUUGAUGUACAUCUAAUCGUCAAUAGUUUCUCAUAUAAACACUUAAAUUAUUUAUAUUAUGUACAUUACAUGGAUGAGCGUAUUAACAUUCAGUUUUUAGUCUUCAAUCAUUGUAAAGAAAAGAUAAAUUAGUCCUUUAUAUCUUUGGCAAAUCAUUGAUAACUAUCAAGAAAGUAACUAAUUUUUAAUAAAAACUUGGUCAAUGGUU